AUGGUGGUCUUGCUGUUGGAGAAGUAUGUGUUAAUGGUGAUGGUUUUGUGUAUGAUGAUGGCAGGGAUGUACAAUAACAUGGGACCUCAACCGGGGAUGCCAAGACCUCCGGGAAACCCUGAGCCUGGUCCGUUUGGGAAUCCGUUCACCGGAGCUGGCUCGGGUUUGAUCCGCAGUGGUUUGGGUGCAUACGGAGAAAGGAUUUUAGGGUCCAGCUCUGAGUAUGUGCAGAGCAAUAUAACUCGUUACUUCUCUGAUCCUCAAUACUAUUUCCAAGUGAAUGAUCAAUACGUGAGGAACAAAUUGAAGGUUAUUCUGUUUCCUUUCCUUCACCGGGGACAUUGGACUAGAAUAUCUGAACCAGUAGGAGGUAGGCUCUCAUACAAGCCUCCAAUCUAUGACAUCAAUGCGCCGGACUUGUACAUUCCGUUUAUGGCAUUUGGCACCUACGUUGUUCUUGCUGGCCUUUCACUGGGGCUUAACGGAAAGUUUACACCGGAAGCUUUGAACUGGCUGUUUGUGAAAGGAAUGGUGGGUUGGUCUUUGCAAGUGAUGCUCCUGAAAGUGACGCUUCUGUCACUUGGUAGCGGAGAGGCGCCGUUGCUUGACAUUGUGGCGUAUGGAGGCUAUGCUUUUGCCGGUCUGUGUCUCGCGUGUUUGGCCAAGAUCAUGUGGGGGUACUCGUACUACGCUCUGAUGCCGUGGACGUGUUUGUGCACUGGGAUUUUCUUGGUGAAGACGAUGAAGCGUGUUCUGUUUGCUGAAGUGAGGAGUUAUGAGUCGAGCAGGCAUCAUUACCUUCUGCUGUUUUUGGCCUUGGUCCAGUUCCCUCUCUUGAUUUGGCUUGGUAACAUUAGUGUUAAUUGGCUUUUUUGA